AUGCAAACUUUUCAAAUUCAAAGGAAAAUCACAAAAAUAUUUGUGGUUUUUGUUAUUUUUACUGUUUUUAUUUUUAAUACUGAAUGUUUAUUAAGAAAAGGAAAUAAUAUUGUUAAAUUUAAAAAAGGAGAUACAAAUGGUGGAUAUGGACUUAAUUACUCUCCCCCUAAUUACAAAAAUGUAAUUGUUUGGUUACAUGGAUUAUGUGGUUCAGCUAUGGACUGGGAAAGAUUUGUAUUAUUAGUCAACAAAAAAGGAUUUCUACCCAACACAAAAUGGAUAUUACCAACUUCUAAAUUUAGGCAAAUUACUGCAGUUUAUGGUAAUAAAUGCCCAGCAUGGUUUGAUAUUGUAUCAUUUUCUCCAACUGAAAAUAUUGAAGAUAUUGAUGGAAUAUUAGAAAGUGCUAAAAGAAUACGUGAUAUUAUUAAAUCAGAGAUAGAAUCAGGAAUUGAACAGAGUAGGAUAUUUUUGAUUGGAUUUUCUCAAGGUUCAGCUAUGGCACUUAUAACAUCAAUGAUUAUGAGAGAUAUUACAUUAGGUGGUGUAAUAGGAGUAUCUGGUUGGAUUCCAAUGAUUGAUCAUUUAUCAUUGGGAUUAGAUUCUCCUUUAAACAAUGAAAUCUUUGAUUUUAAUAUAAGUGAUGAAAAAAAACAUAAAACUAAAGUAUUCAUUUUUCAUGGAAGUAAGGAUAAAGUAAUACCAUUUAACGUCUUUUUACAAACUUCAGUUUUUAUGAGUAUUGAACUUGGGAUUGAGAACAUUAAUCAAAGAAUUUACUAUGAUAUUGGACAUACUAUUACUGCAAUGCAAGGAGUACAUAUGAUGUAUGAGAUUUCAAAUAUAUUAAAUCCUGAUAAUAUACAUGAAGAAUUAGUUACUAUUAAACACAGUACUUUAUCAAAUAAUUCAUAUUCUAUGGUAUUAAAGAUAUCAGAUCCUAGAGAUAAUUGUAUAUGUUAUAAAUUUAUGCCUUGUAAUCCAAAUAAAGAUGGAAAUCUUUCUUGUUCUAAUCCCAAUUGUAAUUGCACCAAUAAGUUAUCUUUUUAUGAUCAAACCAAGUUUUUUGAUAAUUUAAACAAUAAAGAUUUUGGUCAAUUUAAUAAUCCAUAUACAAUUCUUCAAGGAGUUCCUUCUGAGAAGAAACUUAAAUCUAAUAAUAAUUCUUCUAAUAGAAACAAAGGUAAAGAAACUGAGCAAACAGAUUCUGAUUUAAUUACUCAAGAUUUAGAUCAAGAGAAUAAUAAUGAUUUAUUUUUAAAUAUUUCUGGGUAUAAUAAUAGAAAGGUUAAUAAUCAAGUUACCAAUGAAAGUAAUCAAAAUGUUGAUUGUAAUAAUAUUGAUAAUAAUGAUGAUAGUAGUGAUUUAGAAUUAUCUUUAAAUAAUAGUACUGAAUCAGAAGUACCUAAAAAGCAUAUAUCAUCACUUAGAGAUUGUGAUUCUUUUGAUGAUAUCAUGAGCCAUAGAUACUUGGCAAGUAUGGAUAAUGGAAGCAAUGAGAAUUUUGCAGGAUCUUCAAAUAUUAUUGACCAUAAUAAUAAAUUGUAUACUUCAAUGGAAGGUGGUAUCGAUGAAAUUAAUGAUAUUUAUGAUGAAGAAGAGGAAGAAAAUAUGGACGAAAUUAAAGAAAAUGAAAAUAGGGAGGGAGAUAAUACUAAUAGUAGUAGUAGUAUUACUACUACUACUACUACUACUACUACUACUAGUACAGCUUCUAUAAACUUGGAUUCUUCAUCUAAUACAGCUUCAAUAUAUUCACCUAUUUAUAUAACAAAAACUCCUAUUAAUGAUUCAGACACCACGAAUAAAGUAUUUUCUAAGAAAAUAAGCCAUUAUAAUAAGGCUCCAAAUGUAAUAAAGCACUACUACAUAUCUGAUAAUGAUGAUAACCAAGAGGAGAGAGCUAAUAUUGGGAAGGAUAUUUUCGAUAUUCAACAAUAUAUUGACUUUUUAUGUAAUCAAUCAACUAAUUAUACAAAUAGUAAUUCAGAAACAAUGAUGUGUGGUGAUAAUAUUGAAGAUUGA